AUGCUCGCCCCCGGCUCUGCUCUGACGUUGGAGCAGGGCUGGCAAACAACAGGAGCAACAGGAAGCCUCCAUAACCUGAAGAAAUUUAAUAACCAGGACUUCGACCGCCUGCGAGCCUUGUGUCUGAGCCAAGGACUGCUUUUUGAGGAUGCCACCUUCCCCGCUCACAUCAGCUCCAUUGGUCCCAACCUGCUCUCAGAGGAUAAGCUGUGGCAAAUACAAUGGAAGAGGCCAACUGAACUUCAGAGAAAUCCUUAUUUGGUCCUGGAUGGAGUUAGCAGAUUUGAUAUCAUGCAAGGAGAAAUAGGUUGCUGCUGGAUGCUGGCUGCCCUGGGCUCCCUGACACAGCAGAAGCAGUUUUUGGAAAAUGUUUUACCAAGGGACCAAGGAUUCCAGGACAAUUAUGCUGGGAUUUUUCAUUUCCGGUUCUGGCAACAUGGAGACUGGGUGGAUGUAGUGAUAGAUGACCGGCUGCCAUUCCUAAACGGAAGAUACCUGUCUGUAUACCCUCGAACAUCAAAUGAAUUCUGGCCAUCCUUGCUGGAAAAAGCAUAUGCCAAGUUACGGGGCUCCUACCAGAACUUGCAUGGAGGCUACCUUUCUGAUGCUUUAGUAGACCUCACAGGUGGAGUCCAAGUGCAGUUUUCAUUGAAGGAUCCCCCUUCUGAUUUGGAGGAGAUACUGAAAGCAGCUGACAAAUCGAAGUGUCUGAUGGGGUGUAGCACCUCAGGCCAGCUGGGGAGGAACGUAGAGCUGAGGAAUGGGAUUGUGCAGGGUCAUGCCUACACUGUCACAGGAGCUGUGAAGAUACGCUACAAGAAAGGCUGGAAACAUAUAAUCAGGAUCUGGAAUCCAUGGGGCCAUGGGGAGUGGAAGGGGCCCUGGAGUGAUGACUCUCCUCAGUGGGACCAUGUUGAGCCUAAACUCAGAGAAGCCCUCCUCAGAAAUAAGAAUGAUGGAGAAUUCUGGAUGUCCUGUGAAAACUUCCAAGAGCAGUUUUCCUGGCUGUAUAUAUGUAAUAGCACCCCAACAUUUCUGGACUUUGGAGAUCAGCCCUGCACGUGGUCGAUGAACAAGCACAUCAAUUUGUGGAGUCCAGUCCUUGCCACAGGCAGGAACAACUAUUCCUCAGGUGCAGUUUCAAGGAACCCUCAGUAUUUCUUCAAAGUGCCAGAUUAUGACCCCAAAACCUAUAAUGUAGUCAUUUCACUCAUGCAAAAACAUCCUGAGGAUAUGCAGGAUGCAAAAAAGAUUGGCUUUUUGAUCACCAUGGACAACUCCAAAGUUCUGAAACAAAAUUUUUGCCUGACUCGAGAUGUGACCAGCUACUUUAUCUUGAGCCCAGGAACCUAUGCUGUUGUUCCUUCUACAGCAGAGGACCAAGAAUUUGAAUUUCUCUUACGAAUCUUCGUGAGGAAUGAAGACUACAAUGAGAACUUAAACUUCCCGCCCAAUCCAGUGCUGCCGAUGGAUGUACCAAGACAGAACGAGGACAGCUCCUAUAAGGCUAUCUUCCUAAGACACGCUAAGCAGGGCUCAGCUAUUGAUGCCUCGCAGCUGCAACAACUCCUUAAUGAAGAGAUCCUGAAAGACGAAAUGACCAGCCUGGGAGGAAGAUUCAGCUUCGAUUCAUGCAGAGGCAUUUUAUCUCUGAUGGAUAUCAACUCGAACGGGCGACUCACACUGCAGGAGUUCAGGAGCCUCUGGCAAAGACUCACUAAGUACAUGGAUAUCUUCAGGAAGGAAGACAGAAAUCAUUCUGGAUUUCUUGAUGUGUCUGAAUUUAAGAGCGCGAUACAGACAGCAGGUCUGGCCGCUAACGAGCAGCUGCUGCUCCUGAUGACCCUGCGGUAUGGCGAUGCUGCCAGGAGAAUUGGCUUCUCUGACUUUGUGUGCUGCAUGCUGCGCCUUGAAACCAUGACCUAUGCAUUUCAAAACUUGGCAGCAGGCGGAUCACAAGUUUCGAUGACAGCAACGGAGCAUGGCCUGUCCCCGACAGCUGCCACAAAGCCACCUCCAAGUGAGCCCCUGCCUCGAGAGGAGAGCGGCGUGCCCGGGGGGCAGCUGCCGGUGGCCGCAAUGAGAACAACCACUGGGCUUCACAACAUGACCUGA